AAAAUCCCCUUUGGUCCUCUGCACAGCUAUAGUGAGCAGCUGGACCGCGGCUUAGCGCCAAAAUCACUGCAAAAUGAGUGCCUGCAAAACCCUAGUCCGUACAUCUCUCUCUUCAAUCAGUUCCAGUCUCCGAGCAAGUGGACCACCCAUCCCUCUGCUCCACUCACCCUCCCUCCGCUUCUCUCCUCUACUAUCACCCAAUCAAGGGCUCAGACUUGCUUCGCACAAUGUUCCUUCACGGCCGUACGCUUCAAUUUCAACAGAAGCGGCAGAUUUCACAGACGAAGCCCAACCCACAGAUUCAACCCUAGAACCGCCGGAGAACCCGACGCAAGACACCGUGGAGCAACUGCUCAAGCAGAAAAAUGACGUCGCACGCCUGAUGAAAAUGGAGCGCAACCCUGAGUCCGCACACCAGCGCGGCGGUCGGUGGUUCCCAUACCUUGAUAAGUUCAGCUGCGAGGAAGAUGCUUAUCUCAACAGCGGUGAGGUUCUGGAAGCUUUGGAUCCGUACAUAUUGGAUGUGAGGAAGGAGAGGUUCAGGAGGGUGGUGAAGAACCGGAGCUACUCGGUGUGUUUGGUGGUCGAAGGGUUGGGCGAUUUCGGCAACGUCUCGGCCGCGUUCCGGUCCGCCGAUGCGCUCGGGUUUCAGUCGGUUCAUGUGCUCUCGUGCGACAGCUCCAAAAGGUAUAGAGACAAUCGCCAUGUCAGUAUGGGAGCAGAGAAAUGGUUGGACAUUGAACUUUGGGACUCUACUCCUGAGUGCUUUGAAGUUCUGAAAUCGCGCGGUUAUCGAAUUGCCACAACACAUGUGGGCAUGGAUGCGGUGUCUGUUUACGACAUGGAUUGGUCAUGCCCAACAGCAAUAGUAGUCGGAAAUGAAAAUAGGGGAAUAAGUGAUGAGGCCCUGGAUUUGUCAGAUUUGCAUUGCAGUAUUCCGAUGAAAGGCAUGGUGGACUCUUUCAAUGUUUCAGUUGCUGCAGGCAUUCUCAUGCACCAUGCUGUUUGUGAUAGAACUUCUCGCCUGGGUUGCCAUGGUGAUCUGACAUUUGAAGAGAGCCAAAUUCUGCUUGCUGAAUUCUCUCUGCGGCAUAGCAAGAGUUCAAUGAGCAUUGCGCACGAGUAUGCAAAGCGGAAGUCAGCUCUCCUCACACCAAGAAUUUGACUCUUUUCCGAUUUCCGAUUUCUGAUUGGAUGUUAGACAAAUGCGAUCUCCAAAUUCAUCGUAAGAAAGCAAUCACAUAAAGGAGCAGAGCAUAUCAAGAAUCCUCUUUAUGCUAACCAACAGGACAAAUCUGCCCUUUACAUUAGAAAGUGACACUUGGUGCGACAUCACAUUGAUUGUGGAGGGAGGCAACAUGGGAGCUUACCUUAGUGACCAAGCGUAGCAGCAGUGUGGAGAACCAUGUCUUUUUGGAUCAAGUAUUGUCUUUUGGCUGUGUAAUUGUCUGGUAAAAACAUAUAUUUUCUAUUAAUUUGAUGAUUUUUACUUUUUAA